UUACUUCAGAAUGGAUGAUGAUUCAAACAAUUGGAGUGGUUUAAAUUUUAAAACACUUAGUUUAGAUCAGUGUGUCACUCAAUCAAUGACUUGAUAUAUCUAGAUGAGACAGAACAAAAUAUAUAUCCUGUUUAAUCAGAAGCAGUUCUUUCUUAAAAAAAAUAUUUUUAGUGCGCAUGUUCUAUUUUUUUUACCACUUUACUAACGACUGCAGAAGCGAAUCAUUUUCUCUACAAUGUAGAGGCGCUUUCUGUGUGCAUUGCGGUGUCAUCUAAUACUCUUUUUUCAUAUUGGUAAAUAAAUACUUCGACCCAGUUUUCUCGACGCCUUUAAAUGGUUAAUACUACUUUUUCUAAACGCAAUGCACGAUAUUGUUAAAAAAUUCUCAUUUGGUGUCCAUGCUCUUGGGUGCAAGUUUUGGUUCAAAGCAUAUAUGUGCAGAGAUGUCUUCAUACUGCAAGUACCACUGAAGGUCGGUUCGUAUCAGUUUAUGUAACUCGAAAGUGGUGAUAAACGACGAAUGUUGAAAAACCUUUAGAGUUUACACCAGCUGGUUGAUUUGUCAAAAAGUUUGAUGAUUUUUAAGACUUUUUUUCACAUUAUCAACAGCAAAGUCGCUGGCUGUUGCAGUCUAACUUGACAAUUAGAAUUAGACUGAUCACAGAAUCUAUCUCAUCGCAGAGCCUGUACCUCAUGUAGCAAUAAUGACUACUGACUUAGACGAGAAAGUUGUGAAGGAAACAGAUAAAUACACGGACGACAAAGAUGAAGACCAAGUAAAACUGUCCGAUUCAAUCUAUUUUUAUCGAAGUAAGAAAAUGUCAAACAAUGGUGAAGUUUACGAAGGAACAAUGCAUAGCAAAACAUACGGCACUCGGACUAUUGCAGUAAAAUUGGUUCAAUACAGUAAACAAAACUUGGAAGAAGCUAGCAUUCUUUUAUCGCUUAACCCUCACACUCAUGUAGUUUCGAUCAUCGAUGCAGAUGUUUAUCAAGGUCAAUUCAAAUAUAUGUACAUAGCAAUGGAUAAAUGUCACAGCGAUAAUUUGAGGCGGUUUGUGGAAAACCGAAGGAAAAAUGAGAUUCCAUUUAAUGCGGAACUAAUGAUUGAUUUUACAAAGCAGUUGUUUACCGGGAUUCAUUACAUACAUGACAAACUCGUGAUACACAAAGACCUUAAACCUGAUAAUGUGUUUCUGUCACUCGAUCAAAAAGUUUUGAAAAUUGGUGAUUUUGGAUUAAGUGAACGUGUUGACUCCAGAACUCGAACCAUUCGUUCCAGUAAAGGUCUUGGCACUGACGGCUACAGAGCUCCUGAAUCAUUUGUGAGUGGAUUUCCAACAUCUCAAAUAACUGACAUUUAUUCACUAGCUGUUCUUAUAUAUUAUUUAUGGAGUAACGGUCGACACCCGUUUGGAAACGAGAAGGAUUUAUGGAAUCAUUUUAUGAAAAAUAAUUUGAAUAUGAAUUUAGACAGAAUACUGUUGCCAUAUGCUGAUAUUGCUAAAGAUUUAUUGAUAUGGAUGCUGCAGUUUGUGCCACGAAAUCGACCGAUUAUUGACCAAGUGCUCUCUCAUAAAUACAUGGUUCCAAACAACGUGAAAGGGUUAUUGUUUCGAGAAGUUCAAGAAAUUUCGGAAAGUUUAGAGUCAACUGAACAAUCAUUAUUAAAUCUUCCACAUUUUAAGAACGAAACCUUUCACGUCGGAAUCAACGCAACUGAAAAAGGUAAUAUUCAAGUCAGUUCAAAUUCGUCAUCACGACUUUCCAAUCUGAUCCUAGUAGCCAAAAUGUUACAAGAACACCAAAAAAUCAAAAUGGCGUCACGUCAGUCGAUGGAUCGCACUCUACUCCAUGAUGACAUCUACAUAUUUUGGGACAAGAAAUUGUCGCAUGAUCCAUUUACAGACAUAGAGGUCUUCGAAGGCAGAACCAACGAAGAAUCCUCGAGUUCAAAGCCUCUAGCUAUAAAAGUCUUACGUGGCUUUGAUAAAUUAGUGCUCGGAGCAGGAAGAACUAUUGUAGAAGCUGCUAAAUCUAUUCAAAGCUUACCCUUACAUCCCAAUAUAGUUUCAAUCAUAUCUGUGGGUGAUAUACGCAACCAGAGCGGGUUAAAUGCAUCGUAUGUUGCGAUGGAACGAUGUCACUCUGGCACACUAGAAGACUAUGUCCUCGAGAGAAAACGAAACAAUGUUUGCUUCGAUUUUAAGUUAGCUCUUGAGCAUUCAAUACAAUUAGUCAGUGGUGUAUAUCACUUACAUACACACGGCAUCAUUCACGGACGCUUGCAUGCAAGGAAUAUCCUCCUUUCCCUAGAUAUGCAAGCUUUAAAAAUAUCUGCUUUUGCUUUCGGUAGACAAAAACUUUAUAUAAAUAAUUCAUCUGGGGAAGUUUUUGAUCAUGGCGUGAUUUCUUUUCAGUCUGACGUAUUUUCAUUAGGCGUUUUAUUGUAUUAUAUCUGGAGUAAUGGAUGUGAUCCUUUAACGCAUGACGACAAUAGACAAUUCGAAAAUUAUAAAAAUCUCAACUUGAUGGAUUUACAAAUUCCGAAUUCCAAAAUAGCUCAACAUUUGCUUACUAAAAUGCUAGAAAAGAGACCAAGUCAGCGUCCCACGAUAAAAGAAAUUGUCGAUCAUAGCUAUUGGAAUAGCAUAAGUUGAUAUUAUACGUCAAGCUCAAGGCAAUAGGGGUUUAAUUCAUGUUGCACCAUCCAUCGCCCUAUAAUUGACCAAACCAGACCAGAUCGAACGAUUUUUGAUAAUAUUAUUCCCGAUCUAGAAAUAACCAACUUAUAGUCAUUUCUUUGAAUGUAAUUUUUGGUAGUGAAAUACUUUUUAUUAUUUGCACAAUUUAGUAUAUUAGUUAUAUUUUAAGUAUAUAUUAAAGUUUACCGAUGGACAAUGAUUAACACGUUAAUUAUUUAAUUCAAAAAUACAUUGAACCUGUGCGUUUAUGAUGUAACUUAUGAUUUUAUAACGUUUGUGAUUAUUUUAUUAUAUAUUAUUAUUAUUAAUAUUUAUUGGGUGGUAGCUAGUAGCUCUGAUGACCAUUUGAUAUCGCGACCGCGCAGUCAUUUAUACGGAAAGCUUUUAUUCAUUUAUUGGACACGAAAUGGACCUCACGAAAUGUACCACCCUACGAAAUGUACAACGUUUCAGUAUUAUGUUGUUGUUAUUGUUAGAAAGUUUUUCCAUUUUCUUAUGAAGCAAUCGCUUUUCUCUUUCAGUACUGGACCAGUGGACAUUUCCCCGACCUUUGACCCCGAAAAAUUCUUCCUAUACUUCACCAUUGCAAAAUUUCCGGAGCUAUUUUGAGGGCUUUUGCGAGUUGGCGUCUAUAAAAUGGGGUAUGUGUUUCAAAUCAUCAUUAUGAUUCAUCGCAUACAACAAUCUGUCAUGAAAGAUAAACGUUGAACACUUGAAUAUAUUUUAACACUCCAGAUAAUAAAUAUAAAGCUAAACCUCUUUUUUUGUGCGUUUAAUUGAUUUCGGAGUCGUAUGAUAUUUUUACGUGUAAAAAAAUGGCAUAAUCUCACUUCAAAUUUGCGCAUGGUUGCAGACUUUUCGAAUGCAGAUAAACAUAUUGAUACACUUUCAACUCGACAACAAUGUAAUACAUGCUUAGACACAUCAUACAACUAUUUUGAGUAAACUUCAAACAAAAUAAGAAAUUCAAAAUUAUUAUAGAAUACAUCAGUGUCAGAGCACAAUCAGGUCUAAAAUAAUUACAAAACAGGAAUCUUUUGAGAUCUUUACAAAUCAAAGCCUAUCAGAAGUAAAAAUAUUUUCAGUCAUCAAGAGUCAAAUCAAAAUAGCUCAAGAAAUGAUCUCUUUACCCAUCAUCUAUUUUUGUAUGUGGCUAAUAAAUUAAUUAUGUGCAACUGUAGCAACUAUGUUAUGCAAUGCUAUUAGUGCACACCACAAUAAUUUGAAACAUAAAUAUAAAUUGUCGUUUUUAUGUGAACCUUACACUUAAUUCGUGCACACCUCUAAUCUCAAGCAUGAGCAAUGGAUAUUAAAGA